AUGCUUGCUCUGCAAUCAAACCAGUAUUUCUGGGUGUUUAAGAUUAAUGUGGACAGGAAAUAUUUAGUAGAAUUCAGACUCACUGGCAAGGGUGUUACUGAAAAGCCCAAAGGUGUGUUGAGUAUCGACAAAAAUACUGGUGAGGUUCUUGUGCAUAAAAAAGUUGACUACGAGCGCGAUAAAUUUCUCACGCUCAAGUUUGAAGCAAUAGAUGUCGCUUCGGAAAAAGUGGACACAAGGCUCGCUGUUGAGAUCAAGGUCCAGGAUAUUAAUGAUCAUGCCCCUGUUUUUGAACCUCUUAACAGUGAAACCACACUUGACGAGUCUUAUCCUCAAGGUAAAUCAGUUAUAACAGUCUUUGCAUCAGAUGGUGAUGAUUCAUCAACCCCCAAUGGAACCUUCACAUUCAGACUUGUCUCCACCACCCCAGAAACAGAUAAUGUUGAAUUUUAUAUAAGACAGAACAACAACAUAGGAAAUAUUUAUUUCAAAGGCUGCUUGAAUUAUGAGAAAGCACAGAAAUAUACCCUCCAAAUCGAAGCCAAAGAUCAUGGGGACAAAGUUCAGCUGUCCAGCACAAGCACAGUGGUCCUGAACAUCAUCGACCAAAACAAUCACCUCCCUGAAAUCACUGGUCACACAGGUAAUGGAACAAUAAAAGAACGAAAUAGUGGAGUGGAAGUUCUGCGCUUGACUGUCAGUGACAAAGACAGUCCAGGUUCACCAGCCUGGAAAGCUAAAUUCACCCUUCAUGGAGAUAAGGAAAACUAUUUUAAAAUCCAAACCGACCCCAACACUAAUGAAGGAAUCCUGACUGUUGUCAAGGCAAUGGAUUAUGAGAAGCAAACUUCAAAAAAUGUGUCAAUCAGUGUGGAAAAUGAAGUGCCCUACUUCUUCUGUAAGGUGAAAAAACGUCCUCCGCAAAGUUUAUGGGACAUAGAGACUUCUGCUGAAGGGUCCAGCACAGGUGCACCUAAGCGUUACCCAGUCACAAUUUUUGUUGAGGACAUCAACGAACCACCAAAAUUUGUACCACCUAUUCAAGUAACAAUGAUCAGGGAGAAUACAAAAGUAGGAACCUCCUUUUACACCCUUACAGCCAUCGACCCAGAUGUGUCAUCUGGAGGUUUAUUUCACUUUGAGAAAGGAGAAGAUAAAGAUAACUGGGUGACUGUAGAUUCAAAAACUGGCAACGUUUCUGUGGCCAAGGUUAUGGACAGAGAAUCACCAUUUGUGAACAACAGUGGCUACAGUGUCAUCAUGCAUGCUGUGGAAAAUGACAAGGAAACCAAGACUAACAUCACUGCUGUAGAUCUGGAUCUUCAACCAUACAGUGCACCAUUCCACUAUGAGCUCCUGGGAGAUGUCAAGGGAAAAUGGAGAAUCGAACCAAACUCUGGCACAACUGUGAACCUAAUCCGAGAGAAGAACGUCUAUUCAGGCCAUUAUGAGUUUCAGGUCAAAAUAUCCGACAGCCAGGGCUUUGGUUUAGUCCAAAACCUGUCCGUCACUGUGUGUAACUGCAGCAUCACACCCAGCUGCGAUGUUCGCAGAUACAUGACUGCAGGGCUGAGCCUUACUGCCAUUGGGAUCAUAAUCUUUGCUUUGUUGUUACUGCUAGGUCAGUUCAGCUACAUGAAAAAACUGAUGGAAACCACAGUAAUGGAGUGCACACACCAGUGGGAGAGGUUCACAGAAUCUUGA